AUAAUUCUAGAAGAACAGUGUAGAGUCACAAACCGGAGGUCCCAAAUUAAGCUCAGAGUUCCAAAUUAAGGCUCAACACAACAUUCUCACUUGUCGGACCCCGCGAACUUUACCGGAUCAUAAAAAGCAGUUGCACGUGAGCACAUAGAGGUCUACACACCGAAUGAAAGGCGGCAUCAACGCUCCACUACAGGACAAUUGGACGAAAAGGCCCUCUUUUUCCCGGUGCUUGAAGUUUCCGUGGCCGGGUUGCCUCGGUUCUGAGUUCCGAAUUGCCCCAACUACUAGUUAGUGCAUCAAAUUGAUCACCCCCGACUCACUGCAGCUCCGUUGGAGACUGGGAUUGUCUAAUGGUGAAAUGGGUAUUUCCUCUUGUCCCAGAUAAGUCCCUUUUUUCUAUUAUUGAACUGUUUCUGUUGGUCUAUCAUUCAGUUUUUGAAGUCCCAGUAAAUUCUUAAAGUGGUUUCUGGGUGCGACUUAUUUGGAUGAAAUAUUGGGUUCUGAGUCGCAUUCGUUACUUGCAUGCCUUUUGUUUGUUGUUUGUCUGGUUAAAUCUUCCCAGGUUCUCUAAUUAUAUCGGCAAUCUAAGAGUGUCGUUUGCUUUAAUUUAUAAAAUCCACAUAGAUGAAGUUCUUUAAGUAUGUUUCUGGUCAUAGCAGCAGUUGGCUCCUUGUUGUGUCGGUUAAAGUUCAGAACUGGUUUUGAUUCGUUUGGCCUCUAUGAAUUGCACUUCAAAGUUGUGCUAUGAAGGUUGAAACGCUGUUAGUAUUGUGCUUUGAAUGGUAACUUUUCCAUAGGUUUGGUUUUAAACCUUCUUGUGUGACGAAAAAUGGAAGGAAAGCCAUUGUCAGGCACUCAUAUGAUGCCGGGUAGGCCGUAUGGUUUUCAAAACUUGCAAGGAUCAUUGCAGCUUCGUCAUGAACAAAACCCUCAUUUAUAUAAUCAAGGAUCUUCAGUUCGACCACAAACUCAAGAUGUUUUCCCUCUUCGGUUACUUAACUUGCAAGAACACGACCGGCCGGGUACUUGCAGUCACAACAAGGACGUGAGAGGGAAGAACUUGGCAAAUGACAACAACGAGAUGAAUUGCAUGGAAGAAGGCAUUGACUGGCAUGACAGUAUUGGUAAAGAGAAAAAACGGUCCCCAUGGCACCGUAUGAAAUGGACAGAGGAAAUUGUGAAACUUUUGAUCACCAUUGUAUCCUACAUUGGGGAGGAUUCUUCCUCUGAUUGUAUCACCAGUGGGAGAAGUAAGUCUUCACUUUUACAGAAGAAAGGGAAAUGGAAGUGUGUAUCAGAGGUCAUGGCUGAGAGGGGUCAUCAUAUAUCUCCUCAACAAUGUGAGGACAAGUUUAAUGAUCUGAAUAAGAGGUAUAAGAGGCUUAAUGACAUUCUGGGAAGAGGCACUUCUUGCAAGGUAGUUGAGAACCCAAAGCUUUUGGAUGUGAUGGAUUUACCUGAGAAGGCAAAAGAGGAUGUGAAAAAGAUAUUAAGCUCGAGACAUCUUUUUUAUGAGGAGAUGUGUUCCUAUCACAAUGGGAAUCGAUUAUAUCUUCCUCAUGAUCUGGGUGUGCAGCAGUCUUUGCAGUUAGCUCUUAGCAGAAAAGGCGGUUGUGAGCCUCAUGAUUUGAUGCUGCAAAAAACAGAUGAUGAAGAUGAUGAAGAUUGGGAUGCAGAAGCUGAUGGUCAGGAUGAAGAAUGCAGGGAUAAUGGGGGAACAUUUGUUAGGUUUGAAGAGGUCUCUGCAAAGAGGUUGAAACGAAGGGACAGAACUGAAGACAUGGGUUUUUGUAAUCCCGUGAAGUUUCUGGAAAAUAACCAAGGAUUAGGUUCUCAUCGCCAAAAAGAUUAUACCGAUUUGAACCAUGUUUGCACUGGCAGUGGCAAGGCAAAUGAGUUAAGAGAGCAGUGGCUGAAAUUUCGCUCACUACAGUUGGAAGAACAGAAGUUACAAAUUAAGGCCCAGAUGCUUGAGUUGGAGAAGCAGCAUUUUGAAUGGCAGAGGAUGAGCUGGAAACAUGGCAGAGAGCUGGAAAAGCUGCGGUUGGAAAAUGAACGUAUGAAGCUUGAGAAUGAGCACAUGGAAUUAGAAUUUAAGCACAAGAAAAUUUUAGAUGAUUAGAGCUGAGUUUACACUAAGUGCAUUGGUACCUAUGGUUUAUGAUAUUGCCUCAAGUUCUAUUAAAUUAUGGCAAGAGUUCUAUUAUCAUCUUGGUGUAUCUUUGCUCUUAGUUUUAUUAGUAUUAUUAUCUAUAAAUGUCAAAGGUCGUUGUCGCUCUUUUCCUUGUAUCAGUUUAAUUACUUUGGUUUACCUGCAAUCUAAUUUCUCAAAUUCUUUCUAAAGUCAGGUUGGUCAUGAGAAAGUGUGCCCCGAAGAAGCUAACAUGACAACAAUGCUUGAUGAUGAUAUGGAAAAAAGAACAUGGUGAAUAAAUUGUCCUAUGGGCAUUAGAAACAAUGCAAUUUUGUUUUGGAACCCAUUUUGCAUAUUUGUGCUAUAUUUGGCAAUGUUUUUCCUUUGUCAUUUCAACAAGCUUUGUGCGCACGUGCUAUGCAUGCUUGUGUGUGGUUUUGGGUGAUGAGCUUUUUUGCUAAUGUUACGUGGAAAAUUAAAACGAAUAAAUCAUCCAUGUAAUAAUGGUUCAUAAUGUAUUGGGAUUUCUUAGUCUAUCUGCUAGCAAGAAAAUGUGGUUAGAACAUGGAAUUCUGGCCGGGUCCAUUUCUCGAUUUAAUGGAAGGUUUAAAAAGGUUAUGGAGUUGAGUGGUGGAUGAGUCAAGGAUCACAAGCAUUGGGCGACAUUGCUUGAAAUGAAAUGGUUACAUUGGAAUAAUCUUCAUGGGAAAGAUAUGACUGGUUAAUAUGCCCCAUAUGAUGAGUAUUAUGAUCGGUUUUCAAGUUCAGUAUGUCCCCGAUCUAUGCUCUUAUAUAAACAUCAAGGCUUUGAUUUUAUAUAUGAGAAAUAAUAUUUGCAGUCGUGGUUGUGCAAGCGGCGUGCAGUCGCUUUGAAAAAAAUGAAUUAAUAUGGGACCCACAUAAAAAAAGACCAACUUUUUAAUCGUGGACCCCACUCUUUUUCAAAGUGAUUGCGCGGCGUUUGCAAUUCUACGACUGUAUAUAGCAUUGCCGUUUAUACAUAUAUAGUUUGUCUAGGUGCAAAUCUUGACUUUUGGGGUUACACGACUGAAAGUUGAUGAGGAGCUCAUACUCCAUCCCCUUUCUUCCCUUGUCCUCUUGUUUUUCUUUUCUUUGUUUCUCAUACUUUUUUUUUGAGAUUAUUCUAUAUAUCAAGAUGCGAGAGGAGUGCUAGAGACAAACAUGAGGGGCCUUUAACAACUUUGUCUUGAAGGUGAUAUUGUGAUGCAACUGGUACACAUAUGUCAAGGAGGUGGGGGAUAUAAUACCAAAGGAAAGGGAAAGCUGAUGGCAGUGCUAACUUACUAAGUUGAGCAGUAUCUGAUCUUUCAGUACCUUCUGCAUGCAGGUUACUCGGGCAUGAAUCCGACUGUGUUUCUUCUUUUGACUUUAUUUCUUAGUUGUAUUUAGUACGUGGGCAGUUUGAUGAGAAAUUUAAGAAUUCUUGAUAUAAGUGACAAUUAAUCUUGUUCACAAGCCAAAAAACAGAUGAAGCAUUUAGGCAAAUCCGUAGAGGCACUAUAGGGGAAUAUUCUAAUUGCCCACAAAGACGGUAAAAAAAGAUAGGUUUUUCUAUAUUUGGAUGCACGAUAUGGGUAGUUUUCAUUUGAGAAAACAAAGCUGGUUGGCAAAUAAAACAACCAGCUGGAGUUGUUAAGAAUCUAUGUUUGAUUCAUACAACUCAUCGAUAACUGCUAAAUAUACAUAAAAUUCAACCAAUGGCAACCGUACGUUGGCCUCCUCAAAUCUUUCUUGGCCAUGGAAAGUCUGGCACCUGAAAUCAAAGACACCCUUUAUAAAACCCAUCCUACAUCCCCCAUGUUUCUCACAUCGUUUUCUUCUUUUCUUAUCUUGCUGAUCUUCAAGAGACCUUUCUCUCACUAACAGAGAGGUAGCAAGAAAGAAAGGUUCUUGCUGGUUCUCGAGCAUUAAACAUGGGUAAUUGUGGUAGUGCGCCGAAAACCGAGGCCGAGGCUGAUCUUGUGCCUGAGCCUGUCAAGGAGGACUUGGUGGUGACCCAAGAGGAGGUCAAGGUUCAACAAGAAGAGAAGGGGAACGAUGGAAAUGACGAAAAGCAUAAUGCUGUUGAUGAGAAGCCUGCCAAUGUGGACGACGCCGCUCAGGGUGCCACCACCCUGGUCAAUGAGGCUGAAGAAAAGAAAGAAGCAAAGGAGGAUAAGAAGACCCCCGAAAUUAUAUCUGAAGAGACAAAAGAAGCAGAAAAGCCAAAGACUGAAGAUCAGGUAAAUGCUGCACCAGAGAAAGCAUCGAAAGCUGAAGUUUCAGAUGCUGCAAAAGCUCAAGAAGCCAAUAAAUUGGAGGAGAAGACAGCAGAUAAAACUGCUACAGAUUCGGAAGCCGAGAAACUUGAAAACAAGACGGCAGAUAUAUAAGAGAGAAGCCACAAUGAGAGCGAGUCCAUAUAUGUUAUUCAUCAAUAUACAGUACUCGUAAUUCUAUAUUGGUAGAAAGAAAAUACGAUUGUUGUUUCCGUUUGGUUUCGAAGCUCGAAGGCAUGCAUGCAUGCAUUUGUGCUGGCUAUGGAAAUUGAGUCUUGAUGAUCAGUUUGUGGUAAUUCGUAAUUAUCUUUUCAAUGAUCAGAAUAAUAGUUUUGUUUCCGUUGCUUCUCAA